CUCCUUCCAAAGUCUUGGAAAAGGUUCUCAUUAAUUCACACACCAUCACCAUUUCUCUCUAUUUCCGUGUGUUGACUUUCUCAUUCCUAACAACUUUCUAUAAACAAUUUUACACCUCCAUCAAUCACAUUCAUCAAAUUUUUUUCCCUAUUUUCCUCAUUACAAUCCACAAAACCACAUUCAAAAUUUCACAAUCUUUUUAUGGAUGAAACUGAAAUCGACCUCCCUUCCCAUUUUCUCUGCCCCAUUUCCCUCCAACUCAUGAAAGAUCCUGUCACUCUUUCAACAGGAAUAACCUACGACAGAGACAACAUAGAAAAAUGGUUAUUUUCAUUCCAAAACAAAACAUGUCCUGUCACAAAACAAACCUUAUUACAAACCGAUCUUAAUAACCUUACUCCAAACCACACUCUUGGCCGUUUGAUUCAAUCUUGGUGCACUCUCAAUGCUUCAUCUGGUGUUGAACGCAUUCCAACGCCAAAAUCACCAGUUGAUAGAACACAGAUCCUUAAACUCCUCAAUGAAGCAAAGAAAUUUCCAGAAACACAACUUACCUGUCUCGUGAAGCUUCGUUCUAUCGUCGUCGAAAGCGAACGGAACAAAAAAUGCUUGGAAUCUGCAGGUGCAGUAGAGUUCUUAGCUUCAACCAUGAAGAACAAUUCAAGUUCAAGUUCUCUGAGUGAAGCUGCUAUUGAAGUUUUGUUUCAUAUAAACCCUUCUGAAGAUCAUAUUAAGAAUCUGAUAAACAAUGAGAGUAUUCAAUUUAUUGAGUCAUUGUUUCAUGUGAUGAAGCUUGGAAGCUGUCAAUCUAGAGGCUAUGCAACAAUGCUAUUGAAAUCGGCUUUUGAAGUAUGCGAUCCGAUUCAAUUAAUCGGCGUAAAAAAGGCGAUAUUCGAAGAGGUGAUAAGAGUGCUAACUGAUAAGAUUUCACAACAGGCUACAAAAGCUGCAUUGAAGUUACUUGUGGAGCUUUUACCAUGGGGAAGAAACCGAAUAAAAGCGGUCGAAGGCGGCGCGGUUUUAGUCCUUAUCGAGCUUCUUUUCGAUGCGUCCGAAAGGAGAGUUUGUGAGUUGAUUUUAAUAGGUUUGGAUCAACUUUGUGGUUGUGCAGAAGGGCGUGCGGAGUUGUUGAAUCAUGGAGCAGGAAUUGCUAUUGUGUCAAAGAAGAUUUUGAGGGUUUCUCAUGUUGUGAGUGAUAGAGGUGUUAGAAUUUUGAGUUCUAUCUGUAGGUAUUCUGCAAAUUCUAGAGUUUUGAAUGAAAUGUUGCAAGUUGGAGGUGUUUCAAAGCUGUGUUUGGUGCUUCAAGUUGAUAGUAAUUUUAAGACUAAAGAGAAGGCUAAGGAGAUUCUCAAAUUGCAUUCUGGAGUUUGGAAGAAUUCUACUUGUAUUCCUGUUCCUUUGUUAUCAUCUUAUCCAUGAUCAUGAUUUAAUUUGGUCAUAAUUGAUUCAUUAAGUUUUUAUUAUUAUUUGUAUAAAUGGACAUGGUGAAAUUGUUAAACUCAUAGUUUUAUGAAGAGAAAUA